CUUCUGUCGAUGCGUCGUCAUGGAGCUAAUGGCGGAGACUGUUUUGAACCAUAUACAUGGUUUUGAAGCACAAAAGAACCUGAAACUUCCCGUGUUUGUCUCACCUUCAGAUACAAGACUUUAAUUUUAAUUGCAUGUAUUUUUGAAAAAUGUCCGUGGAUCGUUUGGACGUUUUGCGAGAGCGUAACAAACACUUAAUGAACCAGUUGAUGGUGCAGAAACAGAAACUUGAGCGGCUGAGUAGCUGCACCGAGAACCGCAAGAGGGAAACAGAAGAUGAAGUAGAGGAGACUGGGGAGAUGGUGACUCUGACCGACGCAGACCGCGGUCCUGCCAGGGCAGCCCUCUCCAAAUCCACCGGGAGAUUUACCGACUUUCAGGCGACUAUUUCCACACCCGCUUUGACCUCGAAAUACAGAACAGGAACUGCUGAACGCGGAACGCCUUCAGACUUCUUCAAAGGCAGCCACACACAUCCUCACGUUGACAACAGACUGCAGGACACAAGGCCAUUCAACCCCAAGGCCUGCCUAGUAAAUCACAGCAAAGGACAGAGGGAAGUGCACAAUCGAGUCACAUUUCAGUCUGAUGACUGUGAAGAUGCACUGACCUCUGACAGGCAUCGAUUGCCACCCUUACUGGGAUAUGACUGGAUAGCAGGUGUUCUUGAUACCGAAGACUCCUUGGUAGAGCGCUCUGAUGAGUUCUUCAAUGAUCUAUACAUGUUUCGAUCUUUAAAUAAAGAUGAGUGUGUCCACAGCACACAAGCAGAAUUUUCUGAGGAGCACCAUCCAGUCCCCACACUGCUAACGGACAAGGAUGACCCAGAGACUGACACGGACACUCAUCAAUGCACAUUUUCUUACAGAAUUAACAGCAGACUGUUUGCCGUCCCGCUUCAUUCUCGGGAGUGCUGUCCUGUGUGCAAAAGGCACAAAUCCUCCCACCCUCACUCGACUGCUGAACCAGCUCUCAUCAGGGUCAGCAUUCCUCUUGCCAACAUUUUGCCACCUCACAAGUACAAAGCUCAUCGGCGAUGCAGCUUUAACCCUUCUGACAGUUUGGGGUUACCAUCGCACUGUCUCUCAGGCUGGUCAAACUCAGGUCAGGGCAUCCUGACACCAACCAGCAGCCUUGAUCUACGGAGCAGUCUCAACACAAAGAGCGUCAACGACGAACUGGAGGAUCUGUCUGGGCUCAAAGUGUCUGGUAACCGUGACCAGAUUUCAGAUGUGUCUCGCUUGGCUCGACACAACUUUCACCACUUCUCUCCGAAAAGAAAACUGGGAAGCACAUCUUAUCCUGUUUGCUGACAAACCAUCAAAGUCUGUUUUUAAGUGAUCACUGUAGUUCCAAAAAAAGAUUUUGCUUCCGUAUCUAUUUGAUCGUGUUAGAUUGUCGAGUGCAUCAGAAGUUGUAAGUGCCUGAUCUGAACUAGAGUAACAUGAGGUAAUUAAGGAAUGAGUAACAGAAGGAGACGCUCAUGUUGUAUUUUGUUAACGUGAGUAAAAUAAUUCUAUUUUAAUAAAGUUUUAAUAAUUGACGCAUUAA